AUGCUCUUCAUCUUACUCUCCAAACUCCCUCUUCUUACCCGAGUAGCUAUAUUACACGUCCUAAAGCUCUCAGAACCAUCCAAAUACGUCGAUCUGCAGUCCAACCUGGUGGUUUCACUGAUGCGCUCCGUCUUGACACCUGCCAAUCCACACUCGAUUUCCUACAGCCAGAAACUCACUACGCGCAACGAGGAGAUUAAGGGAAGGAUAUGGAUCAGCUUAUACGCUUCGCCGCCGCCUCCCGAGACCGAUAUCAGAGACUCGCUGCUCAAUGUCAUGUACAGCAUGAGAGAUGAAGGCAUUAGAGGAAGCAACACUAGAGUUCCCGAGCUCAUACCCGUAGAAGCAGAAUGGACGGGAUACAGAGCCGCAGCUUCAAAGAGAGAGCCUCUACCAAACAUUUCAGAAUCCGCCAAAUACCAUCAACUCAUGAAAGAGUGCAAAGAGCCCACCACGGUGCUCUACUUCCACGGCGGCGCAUAUUAUCUCUGCGAUCCCGCCACACACCGUCCCCUCGUCAAGAAGCUGGCCAAGCUGAUCAAGGGAAGAUGCUAUUCGGUGCGAUAUCGACUGGCGCCGCAGGAUCCGUUCCCAAGCGCGCUGCUGGACGCCCUCGUCUCAUACUUUACCUUGCUGUAUCCGCCUCCGGACGCCUAUCACGACGCUGUGGAACCGGAGCAUAUCGUUAUUGCGGGAGACAGCGCCGGUGGGAACCUAGCCUUUGCGCUAUCGCAGCUCAUUCUUCAGCUGCACCAUCGAGAUAUUGACAUCCAGUGGUACGGCGAAAAGCGAAAAGUCCCUCUGCCGGCGGGUGUUUCUUGCAUCUCUCCUUGGGUCGACAUCACGCAGAGCUCGCCGCCGUGGCACGUUGAGGACGCUCACCCUUUCGACUACUUACCUAGACUACGGCCUGAUUUCGAAGCCAGAGUCCCCCCAUGCGAGAUAUGGCCGGCGAAUCCUCCACGGAAAUUUAUUUACGCUGACGAUGAUUUGGUUGCGCAUCCGUUGGCGACGCUCAUUAUGAAUCGUUCUUGGGAAUGGUCACCACCUGUGUGGAUGUGCACGGGCUGGGAGAUACUUUCCUACGAGAACAAGGCUUUUGCGAUGAAGCUCUUUGCCGAUGGCGUCCCGUUGGUGUUUGAGGAGUAUCAGGCCAUGCCGCAUGUUUUUCCCAUGUGCUUGGCUCGAGCACCGAGUUCACGGCGUUGCCUCGAGAGCUGGGCUAAUUUUAUUCGCUGCGCGAUAGAGAAUCCAGGGGCGAUUGAGGCGAGUGCGGCGAGUAUUACGGCUCAGACGCUUGAGGAGACGCCCCUGAGGUUUGAUGAGCUACUAGAGGACAGGCUGGAAGAUAUACAGGCCGCUGUGGUGAAAAGGGCGGGCGUGGGGGUUGAGAAAGCAGAUGUCGCGGCUAGGCUAUGA